AUGAAAGGGUGUUACGCCUUACUACAACAGGAUAAUGCAGCGUUAAAAUUGUUUUCGAGUCAGUGUAAAUCGAGCCUUGUUUCAAAACAAAAACAUUUAUAUCCUUUAUUAUCAAGAAUACGUUUUGAACUUGUUAGUAUUAUGAGUCUUUUGACCGUUCCUUUACGGUUGGAAACGUUUCAACAAAUUGAAAAACAAGUUGAUUCAGUUAACAACCCUCAACACGUCUUUUCUCUUAUGUUUGGUUAUCUUGGCAAAGUGAAUCUGAAACAUGAACAGUUCAUCACCUCGUCAGAUUACAUUCAAAACAUUUUAAAAUUACUACGCCACAUUUCCUUGAUGGAUACGAAACUAUUCAAUUGUACCACAUAUCACUGCGUCGAAGACACUGUUGUUCCGCAUUUGAUUCAGCAAUACAAGGCAGCUUUUGUAACGGGUGAUCUUUUUGAAAUAUCCCACAACACUUUAGCUUUAUAUCAAGAAACACAAUUCUUAGACACAAGUCGUCGUCUUUAUCAAGGAUCUUUUACGUGCUGUCCUGGUUUAGGAACACUCAGUAUUUCUUUUCAUCUACUUAAUCUUUGUUUGCGUAGUUUUUCAAAUGUUCGUUUUAUUUGCGGUUGGAUUGCCGAAUGUCAACAAAUACUUUCAACAGUUAAAACUUGUUUUGAAAAUCCUUUUUCUUUACGUAUCACGAAAACCAUACAAAAGGAAAGUAUUGAACCCUUUGAAAUUGCUUCCUACUUACCUUUUUUUCUAAAAACGGUUUAUUGGGAUACGCUUGAUUACACUGUUUUUCAUCUCACUCGAGUGGUUCCCAAAAAAUCUUAUUGUUUAAAAAAAUGUAUUUCAUGGAACACGGAAAUGCUUAUUGUUGAACUGAUUGGUAUUAGUCUUGUUCGACUUUAUGGUCUUGUCGUGUAUCCACGACCUGCACCUCCUUUUGACGCGUGCCAAAUUUUAAGUCCCAACGAUCAUGAACAUAUUGCUUCCAUUCUAGCGAAUAAAAGUGAUAGCGCGACACUUUCUUUUCGAAUCACCACGCCAUUAGUACUACUUUUGGGUGUCAAUGUGUACAAAAAAUUGUCACUGUGGUAUUCAGGAAGAUCUAAAAAAGUGCAUUUUUCAAAGGUAUUUCGAAAUGUUAUGGCUGAAGGAAUUGAAUCAUGCAUUUUUAUUGAAGCUCCAGAUUCUUGUACAUUAGAGAAAACAAAAUAUGAAACAACUUUUUUCAAUGUUACCGUACCUCAGCCUACUUUUUUGCAGAACAUUUCCCUUAACAAACUAUGGACGGUUAAAUCAUUUGGUUUAUGGGCUUAUAUAUCCGAUCCUUUAUAUUUUCCAUCAACAUUAGAAGUUUUUGACGAGGAAGAAAGUAGUAAACAUCCGGUUUCCGGGGAUAGCAUUGUAGAGGAAGGCGACACAAAAACUGAUACCACACUAACACAAACACAGUUAUUUGGUUGUCUUUUCAAUGCUUGGCAUCAUAAAUGGCCCUGUCUCCAGACUUAUGGAACUGUGAACCUUUCGACAUUUUCAGCGUUAGUCAAACCUGAAUGGCAUGAGGAUCACAAUAGGAAGCAAUGGACAAGUGUGCUUCAAUCAGGGUCCAUUUUGUCCGAUUCAGAUACGGAUCAUUUGCUCUUGUCUUGGAUGCGACGUCGCGAUGACGACAUCCCAUCCUCCGAUGAUGAUACAAGUGCAAUGAAUUCAAAAUAUUUGCACUUACAAACAGCAAUGAUUCAUUUUGUCUUUGAUCCCGAGAGUUCUGUGCAAUGGAGACCUUUCACUGAUUUCAAGCAUUAUAAAAUACUCAUGGCGUCCAUUUUGAAAAAGGUUUACAAUGAUUUUUGGUUUGGUUUCAAUUCCUACCAACAACUUUUACAUACAUUCUUUUUUCAAGCAUUACCGCUGCGGGCAGCGUUAUACUUACCAAAAAAACUUUUAGAAAUAGGUUUUGAAGCUUCAUUGUGGGGUGAUGCAUUUUCAUUUUUCUUUAAGGAAACUCAAGUAGCGCAGCCCUCUUAUUUAACAAGAAGUGUUCUUAGUUACCUUCCCACAUCCUUACUAACAAACGGAGCGUAUUCUAUUAAUUCACUUGAAAUGAAUGAAUUACUCGAUAAUUUAGCAAAUAUCAAUAGAGCGGCCUCUUUAGGAUAUAUUAAUUUAAAAUCAUUUAGUGCCGCAGCCUAUACGCAUCGUCAAUUGUUCCUUCUACUUAACGAUAGGUUUGCAGCAGAAGAAUGUUGGCCGGCUAUUCUUCCUUUUGUAGAAACAAUGCCAGUGGAUGACAUUUUGACGGAACACGACACUGUAUGCUUUACUUGUCACAAUGUUGUACCAGCAGAAAUACCCAUGCGUGAAGGAGUGCAAAGUUUAUUUCUUUUACGAGUCGAAAACUCACUUUUAGGGCAUUCUAUGUACACUCAAGUAAAGCAUAGGAUGCCAAAAAGCAUAUGUGGGAAGGAAGUAAAGAAAAACGCAGGGGUUAACUUGAACGCGUCCUAUCAAGCUUCAGGCUUAGAGUGUGAACCAAUUGUUUCUUGUGACAGCAACGUGUUUUACGAUUUGAAUGACCCGUGGUAUGCAUUAGCAACGUGUCCUUUUGUGACUUCAUUACAACUUUAUGCCGACUGUUGUAAGGACACUCAAGAGAAACACCAGUUUGAAAAUUCAGGGGCAAAAUUAACAAAGUCGUGUUUUGUACAAGAGAAAUCAGAAAAAGAAAAAGCGUGUGUCUGUGAAGGUUGUAAAAAUGUUAAAAUACUUGAACAAUGUUUAAUUCCAGUAAAACAGCUACAGCUAUUAAAUUUUUUCGACUGUUUUGUUUUAUAUGCUCGGAGUCGGGUAGAAUCCCUUUUAGUGCAAUUUUCUCUUUGUAAGCUAACGUCCCCCGUUCCAUCGGGCAUUACGUUAAGCCAUUUGAAAUCAUUAAGAGAUCAUUGUGAUCAAAAAAUGGUUCAAGACAAAAACACUCUUUUCUUUGUAUACAAUUGGAAGGGUAAAAGAGAAAAAAAUACUGCUGACGUUCUUUAUUUGGAAAGAAUUAAUAAAGUUUUCUUUCAAGCUGAAGAAUUAAGCUUUCUAUUUUCCAAUUUGACGAAAAUGGCGGGAAAACCCCUGUUAUCAAUUUUGUGUUCAGAUGAUGAUACACGGGAUGUGAAGACUCCUUUCAAAUGCUAUAGUCUUCAUACUCUGAAACUUUUAAAAAGUUGCAUUUGGAUUCCUGAUAUGAUUCUUGCGCGUUGUUGCUUAUUAAAAACUAAAUUGUAUCUCUACGAAACAAAAGCAGUAGCACCUUUCCUACUAAAACAUUAUGUCAUCUUUUUACGCGCUUUUGUUUCUUUGAACAAAUCCUUGUCGUAUUUAAAUGUUCAAACAAAAAAUAAUUGUCUUGUCACAACUCCAAUGACACCAAAAAUUCAAUCUUGGAAAACUCAACUACCCUCACAUUUGCAGUGUUUGUCUUAUCACGAUGCUGCACCAUUAAUACGCCUCAUCAAUUUACGGUCAUACCUUUUACUGUUAGGAUUGUAUUCCGGCCCUUCUUCGCAUACAAAUCAACUUGACGUGUUUCGCCAUUUAAACCACACGCAGUCCACUAGAGAGUUUUCCCCCGCAAAAAGCAGGGAAGACAAUUCCGCCACCUCAACUUCCCCGACUUACUGUAGUGUGCCAUCAUUUUCGGGUGCUCCUACCUUGGAAAUUCACGACGCAUUUCAACUACGGACUCCUCAUACACAAGACCAGAUCUUCAAUAGUGAAAAAGCUACAUUCACGCAAGCCCAUCAUGACACCUGGAAUUCGACUGAAACACUAGAGUGCCCGUCAAUGAAUUGUGUAAAGCCAAACGUGGAUGGGAACUCCAGUAUAACAAUGAAUUCGAGUCAGUGUGUUUAUCACAAUGACGAUGGUUUGAAUGAAUCUCACGAAACUAAUUCGUUUUCUGAUUUGAGUAUCUCGACACGCAAUUUGUUGGUAACAAAUGAUUCGUUUUCAAACGUUAAUCAAGUACCGCUUCAAACAUCUUUUGUUGAUAAAGAAGAUAAUAUAGCGUGGCUUUUAUGUUCUUUAUGCGUUUGGGACAAAAAAUUAUUAACUCCACAAGUUUGUGAUGAACUUUAUGAAUUGUGUAAUCAUUACGAAAAACAAUUAUCAAUGGAAUUAAAGCCCAAUGAUUCACAAAAGUAUCAUGAUGCAAUAUGUGACAAGUUACGACGUGAAGGGGCUUCUUGUACCUUAUUUGUUUCAUUACAAAAAGAUUGUUUUAAAGGAUUGAAUAUCUUGGCUUCAUGUUUUGGAAAAUACUUCACCAACGUGUAUCAAACUAUUUCACGGUUUCAUAUUUUCACUGGAAAUCCUUUGGAAGCCGUGAAACAACUUGAACCUUUACUUUCAAAAAGCUUCAAUCGAAAUAAACAUAUGGAUACAAAAUCUUCAAAUACUUCCCUUUCAAAACAAAGUAACACGGCGCUACUUUUAUAUCAUCAAAUGCUUUUAUACCGUUUACGUCACGAAGAAAAAAUUAAAUAUAAAACUGUUAUUUUUUUAUUCAUCAUUCUUGAAUUACUACUUGAUGAAAAUCAACCAACAUCUUUACAGUCUUCUUUCAAUCCAAGUUUGGGACAGGAAAGAAAAGAAGCGGAAGGUGGACUGACUGCGUCUGUGGAUGACGCGCCUGUCAUUUCUUCACGUACAAUCACCAAUCUACCUGCUGGCAUGUUUCAUGCCACUAUUCUUUCACACCUUCCGCAUACUUUUGUUAAUCAUAAUAAACAGUCUUUUACAACACGACAAUGGAAGAUUUUGCGUCGGCAUCAAGAUAAUAUCAAGAAACGGAAAAUCAAUGAGAUUCUUACUUACUUGAUUGAUUUGCUUCAUUUUUAUAUAAGGUGUGCUAAAAAGCAAGCAACAUCACAGGAAGCUGUGCUGCUUAAUGUGCCAAUGGAUUCAAAAGCAUUAAGUCACGUUUUAUGUCAAUGCAUUUUAAUUGGUUUAUACAUGCUCGCUCAAUCUCUUUCAAAACAAUUAUCUGAUGCCUCAUUCAUUCUUCCUUGGGAAUGUGUGAAUCCAACGGUGGCGCCGCCCCGAAACCAUUUUGAUACGGCUUUUAUUACGCCACAGCUUGUAAAGCAAUUAUCGUCCAUUAUUCCUUUAUUUCCUAAACAAUACCAUUUCCUAGCGCAACGGUAUACGUCUUUUGUUCAUCGCAUGUCGAAUACCCUGCUUGUGCAUGAAGUUCAUUUAACUCAUCCUAGUGCGUUAGUACUUGAAGAGUUGACUCCAUUCAACGAUAUCACUUACGUUCUUGCCUUGUGCCACUUGGCUUGUGGUGGUAAAGCUAGUUUAGCUUUAAAAGUUUCUAAAGGAAAAGGAGUGUAUCAGUUUGUCGAGUCAGCUGUUUCACACCAUGUAGAAGAAUAUCACUCGUUGCAUCAUAUUUUUAAAACACUUUCAAUAGUAGAAAAAGAAACCAAUACAAAUCGUCGUAUUCCAUGUUCUACGUUGGACAAAUUUCGGAAAAAAAUGAAGCGUUCUUAAAAAAAAAAUGACCGCAUUGUAUGUUGUUUAGACAAUGUACGUGAUGAUCAAAGAGGGUUGUGCAAAAACGAUGUUUCCCUCACUUCUUUAUUAAAAAUCCUCACCGCUACUCAUAACAA